ACUUCCGGUUACUUCUGCCUUGGCGGGAGCGUGCUCGAUGAGAAGUUUGGAAGCGAGUAUAGACGACAGUUAUGACGGACGGACCCGGUGCGCCCUUCACCAGGCUCCAGCUGGAAUCGCUGCGCUCCGGUGUUGAAGAGUCGCUGCACCUCUUGCCUUGUCAAAUCCAUAGACAAGGGGCAGCUAAAGUAGAGGAGUUUUUCAGUCCUGCAAUAAGAGCGGCGCACGGAGGAAAAGAAGUGUCCUUCAGAGGCAGGAAGCUUAGAGGACAAGAAGUCACUUUACCAGACGGAUACAUGGGCAUCGUCCUGAAGGAAGAUCAUAAACCAUGUGCUGAGGAGGAGGAGCGUUCUUUAAAUGUCAGAUCCAUCUUUCAAUCAUUCACGCAGUGGAACUUGGAGACUCCACCGUCUGCAGAUGAUGUCUUAGUAAUGUCACUGGCAUGGCCAAAAAUAGCUUCUGCGAUUCAUGCACCAGUUGAAUAGAAGCAAUUAUAACGCACAAUGUGAAACUUAUCCUUUGCUUAAAGAAGAGACGUCAACACUUUGAAGCAUGAUUUUAUUUUUAUUUUUUUUAAGCUGGUGGCCAUUUUUUGUGUCCAUCAGUCUUGCAUUUAGGCAUGAGCAUGCAGGUAUGCGAUUAAUUACCAGACACGUUGGAGCAAAUCUACUAAUC